GAGCUUUGACAUAUCAUCAGAUCUGAAACUGGUCAGUGGUGUGGAGCCUUCCAUCGGAACCAACCUUUCUGAAGGUUUGGCUGUGGGUGAUCGGUCAGGGUGAGGCUGGAAGAAGUGUGAGUGGCUCCAAGUAUGGUGAGAGUUUCCAUCAUUCAUCGAGCCUCAUGAACCAGGGACUCAUUCCUACAGGUGAGAGACUGUUCCAGUGUGAGGUGGUAUCAUCCAUGUUGUAAGAUCCCCUCACAUGUCGAGUGCACCUGUUGAUCUGCCACAUGGAAGAGAAUCCAGUCAAGUCUGAGAUGUGUGACCAAGAUUUCCGACGUACCUCAAAUUUUCACAUGCACCAGAGCAAUCACACUGGAGAGAAGCCAUUCACAUGUAAGGAAUGCAAUCAAUCAUUUGCAUUCUCAUCAAUUCUCCACAAACACCAGUUUAUUCACACACGGGUGAAACCAUUCACAUGCGAGGUGUGUGACAAAUCAUUCUGGCACUCAAUGAAUUUCCGCGUACAUCAACGCAUUCAUACAGGGGAGAAACCCUUCAAGUGUGAAGUGUGCGAGAAAUCCUUCUCCCAGUCAUCAAAUCUCCAGAGACAUCAACGUAUUCACACUGGGGAGAAACCUUUCAAGUGCAAAGUGUGUGACAAAUCCUUUUCGCAGUUAUCAAAUCUCCACAUACACCAACAAAGUCACACAGGGGAGAAACCAUUCAUAUGCGAGGUGUGUAACAAAUCAUUCUCAUCUUUAGUGACCCUCCGGGUACACCAACGCAUUCACACAGGAGAGAAACCAUUCACCUGUGAGGUGUGUGACAAAGCUUUCACACAGUUAUCACACCUGCUGGUCCAUCAGACAAUCCACACAGGAGAAAAACCCUUCAAAUGUGAGGUCUGUGAUAAAGCUUUCACAACAUCGACCAGGCUUCUGAUGCAUCAGAGUGUCCACACAGGGGAGAAGCCUUUCAGAUGUGAGGUGUGCAACAAAUCCUUCUCAAAGUCAUCAAACCUCCAUGCACAUCAACGUAUUCACACAGGAGAGAAACCAUUCACAUGUGAUGUGUGUGACAAAUCAUUCUCCGAAUCAUCCACACUCCGCAUACAUCAACGUGUUCACACAGGGGAGAAACCUUUUACCUGUGAAGUAUGUAACAAAUCAUUCUCCCGCUCCUCUAAACUUCGUGCCCACCAAUACAUUCAUACAGGAGAGAGGCCAUUCACAUGCGAGGUGUGUGACAAAUCAUUCUCGCACUCAGUGAGCCUCCGUAUACAUCACCGCAUUCACACAGGGGAGAAGCCAUUCGUGUGUGGAGCGUGUGACAAAGCCUUCUCAUGUUCAUCAAGCCUCCUGGUCCAUCGGACAGUCCACACAGGAGAGAAACCCUUCAAAUGUGAGGUUUGUGAUAAAAGUUUCACGCAGUCUACAAGCCUCCUGAGACAUCAGAAAGUCCACACGGGAGAAACUGUACAGGUGUGAAUUUACUGAAGAUGCUUCCAGCCUGUCCUCUCCUGAGGCGUCAGAGGAUUCACCAAGUGCACAGUCUAUUCAAGUGUGAGGUGUGUAACAAGGGCUUUGGACAAUCAUUGAUCCGAUGACACACCGGGUUCUUUCACACGAGGGAGUAAUCAUUUAACAGGCAAGGUUGCUUUCAUAACAUCUUCACCCUCCUCAGAUAGCUGAGGAUUCAUAUGGGGAGAACCCGUCGGGUGAAAUGUUUGUGACAAGGCUUUUACCCACUCCUCCAAACUCCUGAAGCACAGUGAAUCCACACUGUGACAAACCUUUCAGAUAUGAUAUGUGUUACAGGCCUUUUACACAGCUAGCGUACAACACACACACAGGGGACACGCUAACAGUGUGAGUUCUGUUCAAAAUCCCCACACGUUUGUCACACCUCAUGAAAGAGUCAGACUGGAUCCUCUGGGAUGUAGUGAUCCAUUGACCUUGUUAAUAUCAUUCAAUUAGAUCGUGGCCUAUCUGUGUAUCAACAAUCUACCUAUCUUGACUCUGUAACCCUUAACCUCUUGCCUAACAAUAAAUCGAUCAAUCACAGUUUUGAAAUUUUCAGUUGAUCCCAAGCUUCAACAGAUUUUUGUUUGGAGACAGUUCCGGAUUUCCAGUCCCCUUUUUGUGAAGUGUUUGCUGAUAUCACCCUAAACAGCCUCAUUCUAACUUUAAUGCUGUGCCCCUUGUUCUGGACUCUCCCAGAGGUAUCGUUCCUCUCAAACUAUUUGAUCAAGUUCUUUACUCAUCUUCAAACAUUUCAAUUGGAUUAACCCUUAAUUUUCUGCACUUUGGGAAUAUAAACUCAGUCUGUGAAACCUGUCCUUGUGAUUUAACCCUUUUAGCCCCUGAAAUAUUUCAGUGAAUCUGUGCUGCACUUCUUUCAAGGAAAAUAUGUCCUUCCUGACCAGUGGUGCCCACAACUGAAUACAGCUAGGGUCUAAACAGAGCUCUGUCUGGGAGGACUACUGUUCUAGGUAUGGUGAGGGAGUGGGUCUGAGUCUGUACAGACCUGAGUUUGUCUUUGAGACUUUGUUAUUUUGGUGCAAAUUGAAUUUUGUCUUCAUUUCCUCCUGUUGUUUCAAUCUUCUGCAUAGAUUUAAUAACACGUAAUAAAUUGUAUUUUGGCAAAACGGGAUCUGUCAGCCUGGUGUUUCUAUUCACUGAAAUACUCAGGAUCCUACAGUAAGAUUCCUGUAAUAUAUUGGUCAAGUCACUGUGGAAUGGGACAAUUUUUCCAUCAAUUGAAUUUAUAGUGUACAGGAAGCAGUAUGUUUCUCAAAGAAAGAAAGACUCUCAUGUAUAUAUACGUUUCCACAAACUCGGGCUGACAACAAGUACUUUGCUGGCUUACCAUUUUCAGAUUGAAAAUAUCUUCCAUCGUGUAGUGUGGCACUAUCAUCAUGCUAAAUAUGACAGACUUUGGAGAGAUUGAGCAGUUCAAGACUGGGCAUCCAUGAACUGUUGUGGCACACUACAUGUGUGCCAAACAGCAUAAACAGCAAGUGAUAGAGCUAAGCAAUUCCCAGAAUCAAUGGAUCAGAUAAGCUAAGCAGUCCUGCCAUGUCCAGCAGUGAAACUCACUGGAGGAGAAAUCUGCACAAAUAUCCCCAUCCAUAUUGAUGGAAGAGCUCAACACAUCAGUGAAAAAGAUGAGGCUCAAGCAUUUACAACAAUUUUCAGCAGAAGUACCAAGUGGAUGGAUUAUCUUGGCCUCCUCUGGUGGUCCCCAGCAUCACAGAUGCCAGUCUCUGCUUCAAUUCACUCUAUGUGAUAUCAAGAAGAGGUCUGAGACACUGGAUACUGCAAAGGUUAUGGGCCCAGAUAACAUUCCAGCAAUAGUACUGAAGACUUGUUCUCCAGAACUAAUCAUACACCUGGCCAAGCUACUCCAGUACAGUUACAACACUGGUAACUACCUGGCGAUGUGGAAAAUUCCUCAGCUAUGUCCUGCACACAAAAAGUAGAAUGUAUCCAACCUGGCCAGUUACCGCCCCAUCAGUCUAUUCUGAUGGAAGGUGUCACCAACAGCGCUAUCAAGCAGCAUGUGCUCGGCAAUAACCUGCUCAGUGAUGCUCAGUUUGGGUUCCACCAGAGCUACUCAGCUCCUGACCUAAAUACAGCCUUGGUUCAAGCAUGGACAAAAGAGCUGAAUUCAACAGUGAGGUGAGAGUGACAGCCUUUGUCAUCAAGGCCAUAUUUGAUCGAGUGUAACAUCAAGGAGCCAGAGCAAAACUGGAGUCAAUGGCCAUCAGAGGGCAAAAUCCUCGUUGGUUGGAGUCAUACCUGACACAGAGGAGGAUGGUUGUGCUUGUUGGGGAUCAGUGAUCUUAGCUCAGGACAUGACUGCAGGAGUUCCUCAAGUUAGUGUCCCAGGCCCAACCAUCUUCAGCUGCCUCCUCAACAACCUGCCCUCCAUCAUGUGGUCAGAGGUUGGGUUGUUCACCAAUGGUUACACAAUGUUCAGCACCAUUCAUAACUCUUCAGAUACUGAAGCAGUCUAUAUCCAAAUGCAUUAAGACUUGGACAACAUCCAGGCUUGGGCUGAAAAGUGGCAAGCAGAAUUUGUACCACACAAAUGCCAGGCAAUGACCAUCUCCAAUGCCAAACAAUCUAACUACUGCCUCUUGACAUUCAAUAGUUUUUUCAUCAUUGAAUCCCCCACUACCAACUUCCUCGGUGUUACCAUUGAGCAGAAACUGAACUGGACUAGCCAUAUAAGUAAUGUGACAACAGACUGGGUCAGAGGCUCAGAAUCCUGCAGUGAGUAACUCAUGUCUUGUCUCUUCAAGCCCUGUCCACCAUCUACAAGGCACAAGUCAGGAAUGUGAUGGAAUACUCCCAUUGCCUGGAUAAGUGCAACACUCAAGAAACUUUACACCAUCCAGGACAAAGCAGUCCACUUGCCUGGCACUACAUCUACAGACAUCUACUCCCUCCACCCCUGACUUUCAGUAACAGCAGUGUAUACUAUCUUCAAGAUACCCUGAAGAAAUUCACCAAUGAUCCUUAGAGAGCACCUUCCAAACCCUCUACCACCUAGAAGGACAUAAACAGCAAAUACUUGGGAACACCACCACCUGCAAGUUCCUGACUUGACAGGAUAUAUAUCAGGGUCCCUGGGUAAAAAUCCUGAAAUUCUCUCUAACAGCACUGUGGAUCUACUGACAGCACAUGGAGUGCAGGGACUCAAGACGUCAGCUCACCAUCACUUUAGAGAGAACAGAAGGGCUUUGUUUGAGGUCUUAUCUGAAAGGUGGUUUCUUUGACAAUGUGGCUUUGCCUCCCUCUUUUAUGCCAGACUAUUCUGUGAUUGCGUCAAAUUCAAUCAAAGAUUCUCCAUCACCAUACCUUGCCGACUGUCAUUUCCCAAUGUUGGUUAGGGAUAGGGACAUCGUGCACAGGAAGAAGUGCUUCCUCAGCUCAUCUGUUGCUCAAACCCUCAUUAUAUACCUUUCAAAUGUUAUGAGUUAACUGGGAAGAGUACACUAUCUGAUUUUGUGGUCCCAGUUAUGGGGGAAUGCCCAGAUAAUGUUACUAAAGUGAUUGUUUACUAAAA